AUGGCUUCACAAGCAAGCCGCAGGACCUCUCUGAGGCUCGAUCUGUCCCAGGCCUCUCUGCUGGAGUCGCCCCCGGGCAUCGCGGCCCUGUUCCUGAUCCGUUUCGACAUCAAGACCGGAUAUGUCAUUGCUUGGAAAAAUUCGCUGCCCGGAGUGGAACUCGAAGGCGCCGUCGAAUACAAAUCGCUCCCGUCAGGACUGCACAAUGUGACGGAUGAUCUUGUGUAUUUCGUUCACGAACAGUAUGCGGGGAUCAGCGCAUUCGUCAAUCAGCCGGCGGAGGAGGCAGAGCGCAAUGCAUUGAUGCUGGCUGUCGGUGUCCUGGUGCCUUUGAGCUACGGGAGACUAGGCAAGAGCUGGAGACACGCAGCAGGCCUCAAGGAACUAGCAAAGUUGGUAUACCAGGCAUGGAAGUCUAGGAAGUGUGCCGAGGAUGUGUCCGAUACGCAGCCCCUGGUCGACUACUGGGAGAAGCACCACAUCCUGGAGGAUGAAGCCAGAACACUCACAGAAUCUCCGCCCGACUCUCCAGCAAUCUUGCGACCAAAAUCAAACGGAGAUCGUCCGGAUACCCAGCGACGGGGCCGUACUAGCAGUGAGGCGACAGCAUUGGAAACUGCCAGGCCGGUCCUGGCACCAUUCCAUCCGGCUCUAUCGCUUCCCGAUUUUAUAGAUGCUUUUGGGCCUCUGGUAUUCCCAUUAUACAGAGCCUCCUUGCUGCGCAAGCGGAUUCUGUUUGUGACCGAGGCUCCAGUCCAGACAUGCUGUGAUUAUGUAUAUGAUCUCUCUGUGCUGUCUUCAUUACCGCAGUCACUUCUUCCACUGCUCCGUCCGGAAGGAAUUCCACCUCUUCGACCUCGUCCUCUCUUCAAUGUCGGUGUCCAUGAUAUACCCUUCCUUUCCACUUUUGCGAAACAAGGAGCGGGAUCAGAGGUCCAGCCAAGCUGGAUCGCUUGCACGACAGACAAUGUUCUAACCAUGAAAUCCGAACUUUACGAUAUUUUGAUUACUCUACCUCCCUCGUAUUCUAAGAAUGCGGCGCAGAAGGUGUAUCCCAAGAUUUCUGUCUUGGAUGCACCUGCAGAGGCACAGAAGCCCUCGAAACAGACGCCGUUGAAGGCAACGCAGCGAGAUGCGCGUCGCUUCGUAACGCUGAGAGAGGGCCUUCGUCGACUUCCCCGCAACGAUGUCCCACCAACCGGACCUCAUGACGAUAACACGGAUGCGGCGUCUACCUUCUCGUCCGCUUCAAUUGUUGAACCAGUGUCAUGGCCCCGACUGGCCUAUACAUCCUUCAUGUGGUGGGCAUCAGCGGGAGAAAAGCGCACCGGCAUUUCGGAAGAAGAAGAGGAACAGACCGAGCAGGACACGAGCCUCCUAGCCAGUGUGGAUUCGCCCACAGGCAACAUAUCUCAUCAGAGUGUAUAUUCGGAAGAGAACAAUCAGCCACAAGAAAUAGCCUUAAUAGCAUAUUUCCGUCGUCUGACCACGCUCAUCUUCACCACACUUUCUGACGCUGUGGCACGCCAAGAUGCUAAGGACGGCAACGACUCGGCAGAAGCAUACCGAGAUGACCCUGAUGAUAAUGAUGCAGAUGCAGAUGCGGAUGCAGAUGACGAUGAUGGUGCAGAAACAGCCCCAGCAGGCUCAUCAUACCAGGAAGAUGAUGCGAACGAGCCGCUACUUGGAUCAUCAGGUCGCAACGCGGCAGACUCACAGCGCCAAGAAGGUGAAGAAUCAAAAGCACCGGUCUUGAUCACAGCAUCCGACAUGACACAAAUGGGUCUGGAUGCCUGGAGCACGGCCGACCGCGUCUUUGUCGAAGAACUGCUGCGUCUGUGGUGGGGUCGGGAAGCGCGAGUUGACGGGACGCGGAUCCGAUGCUGUGGGAUUCCUAUUCUGUAG